CUGCCAGGAGUUUCAACAGAAACAGCACAGUCACAAAGUCCUACUCUUUCCAACUGUGUUACACCAAAACCUCAGUCCAAACUGGGAGCAAUACAAGCACUACUACUGGGCUCUGUAAUACAUCUGGAGCAUCAUGGCCAGGACCUCUCUGCAAGUCUGUGCUGUGCUCCUUGCUCUCUCCGGAAUGACUUGCAUCCUUGUGUCUACUGUGUCCACCAGAUGGAGGGUCUCCAGCACUGCAGGCACCAUUAUUACCUCCACCUCUAUAUUUGAGGGUCUGUGGAUGAACUGUAUCGGCACCUCCUCAGGGUCUGUGCAGUGUAAGAGGUUCUCAUCCAUGUUCAGUCUGGCCAUUCACAUUCAAGUAUGCCGAGCUUUGAUGAUCAUUUCACUCAUUCUGGGGCUACUGUCCUGUAUAGUGUCACUGUUUGGCCUGAAGUGCACCAAAUUUGGAACCAGUGAUGAGCACACCAAGGGGAAGAUUGCCCUCAGUGGAGGACUCAUCUUCAUUUUAGCAGGACUUUUAUGCUUAGUGGCAGUCUCAUGGUACGCAGCCAUGAUCACAGCCCAGUUCUUUGAUCCUCUGUAUCUUGGGACAAAGUAUGAGAUUGGAUCUGCACUAUAUAUUGGAUGGGCUGGAUCUCUGCUUGCCGUACUCGGUGGAUCCUUCCUGUGCUGCUCAUUCAAGAAAAAGAAACCAGCAGCCAAAUCAGGAGCCUAUAAGUACAACUACCAAGAUCCAGAAAAUGAUUUCAAACAGUUCAAGGAGAGAAAAGAAACAUCGGUGGCUUCCAAGGCUUAUGUGUAACCCAUUGGCUGAAUGCCACUACACCGCACCCAGAGCAUGCUUGUAAUCAAACGUUCUUCUUUUCUGAAAUGAUUUUUUUUUU